AUCCCUGAAAACGCAAAGCGGUAUUUGUUCGAAUUUAACUGAGAAUUAGCUAGAAACAAAGAUGUCUAUCAUUACUUGUUACCUGUGAAACAUUUGAACGUUUGUUUGUCUCCAUCCAGUGCUUUGUGUAACGCAAAUUGUUGAUAGAAGAAGAAGCAAUAAAGAUGUCCGCGAAGAACGCCAGCUCCAUCCAGGUGUGCAUCAAGGUGCGUCCCUGCGAGCCCGAACUCACCUCCCUGUGGCAGGUGAAGGAGGGCUGCUCCAUCCACCUGGCGGACAGCCACGCGGAGCCCUGUGUCUUUGACUAUGUGUUCGGUGAGGGCGCCAGCAACCAGGAGGUGUUCGACCGGAUGGCCAAGCACAUCGUGCACGCCUGCAUGCAGGGCUUCAACGGAACUAUUUUUGCCUACGGCCAGACGUCGUCGGGGAAGACCUACACGAUGAUGGGCGACGGCCAGAACCCGGGCGUCAUGGUGCUGGCCGCCAAGGAAAUCUUCCAGCAGAUCUCCACGGAGACGGAUCGCGACUUCCUCCUGCGCGUGGGCUACAUCGAGAUCUACAACGAGAAGAUCUACGACCUGCUGAACAAAAAGAACCAGGACCUCAAGAUCCAUGAGUCCGGAAACGGGAUGGUGAACGUGAACUGCGAGGAGUGCAUCAUAACCAGCGAGGACGACCUCCUGCGCCUCCUCUGCAUGGGCAACAAGGAGCGCACCGUGGGCGAGACCAAUAUGAACGAGCGCUCCAGCCGCUCGCACGCCAUCUUUCGAAUUAUUAUCGAGUCCCGGAAGUCGGACCGCAGCGCCGACGACGCCGUCAUCCAGAGCGUGUUAAACCUGGUGGAUCUGGCUGGAUCGGAGCGGGCGGAUCAGACGGGUGCGCGGGGAGCUCGCCUCAAGGAGGGCGGCCACAUAAACAAGAGCCUGCUCUUCCUCAGCAACGUGAUCAAGAGCCUGUCCGAGAACGUGGACAACAAGUUCAUCAGCUUUCGCGACUCCAAACUCACGCGCAUCCUGCAGGCUUCGCUGGGCGGCAAUGCCUUCACCUCGAUCAUCUGCACAAUCAAACCCUCGAUCAUGGAGGAAUCGCAGUCCACCCUGAGCUUCGCCACGCGCGCCAAGAAGAUUCGCAUCAAGCCGCAGGUGAACGAGAUGGUCUCCGAUGCCACGAUGAUGAAGCGGCUGGAGCGCGAAAUCAAGGAGCUGAAGGACAAGCUGGCCGAGGAGGAGCGCAAGAACGAGAGCCAGUUGAAGGUGCAGGAUCUGGAGCGGCGCAUCAAGAGCGACAUGCACAAGAUCAUCUCGAGCACAUCGCUAGGGGACAAGUGUCGGCAGAAGCGUCGCCGUACUUGGUGUCCCACCGCUUCGGGCCAGGAGUUGGACCCUCCGGAGUCCGGCACCGCGAACGACUGUCUUGUCCAAUUCUCAAAGAUGUCUGCAUUACCGAAACCAACGUUCUUUCCCCAUUCCAAUUUCGGCAGACGAUUGGGUAACAUUCCCCAGACCAUUAACAUUCUCGGUUCCCUGAACAUUAGCACAGAUGGCAACGUGGACGACGAGCAAUUCCUGCCGGCAGAGUGCGUUGACUUCGGCUCCCCCGGCAUGGAUGUCCAGAUGGCCAGGCUGACCAGCAGGCAGUUGCCAGACCUUGCCCUAACCCCCAUCACGAGUCAGAUGGGUCCCGUAAUCAAGGAGAAGAUUAAGAGGGAGAUCCAGGACCUGCAAAUGUUCACCAGCUUAGAGAAGCAGUGCGAAGCGGAUUUUGAAGAGGUGAAGGUUUUGAAAGAAAGGCUGGAAGAGAACACAGCUCAGCGGGAGCAGUUAGAGCUAGAUUAUUCCACCGAAAAGGAGCGAUGCGAGUCUCUGCAGGCAGAGGUCACCAACUUGACAGCUGCCAAUCAGGCGGCGAAUUCAAAGAUCCACGAUUUGGAGGAGCAGCUGAGUGCUCUGAAAGAGACUAUGACCGCAUUGGAAGUGGCAAAUCGCGAUGCAGUGAGCCUGGAGUUUGAAUUCGAGGCCCACAAGAAAUCGUCGAAACUGCGUGUGAAUGAGUUGCUCUCAGUACUUUCAGAGAAAGAUUUGGCGAUAGAGAAAUUGCGAAAUUCCCUCGACGAAUGCAAUCGGGAAGUGCUGCGCAACAGCAAGGAGGCCAGAAUGCGUUCCAUUUGCCAAGCUCCGGAAGAAAGCGUCGACGGAACUUGCAAUAAGUGUGAGCAACUGGAGUCCUGCGAGUGUGAUCAUCUGCGAGCCGAAAUCGCCGCCACUCGUGCCAAGUUGGACAGUGUGCAGUCGGCCUUGAGCCAGGCAAGUAGUGAGGUGUAUGUAAAGACCACGGACUGCGAACGCCUCUCCAAGCAAAUUUCCACUGCCCAAGAUGACUUUGAACUGCUUCAGACGAAAUACAACACGCUGGAGCAGCAGUGGCAGGGUCAGCAGCUGGCCAUCGAGGCAUUGCAGUCGAACCAUGACACUAUUCAGGCAAACUAUCAAAAGCUGCAGGAGGAGUACGAGCAUCUGGGACGCACGUCAAAGGCUUCCGAGGCUGACAAUUCCAAACUGCAGACAGAAAUCGAAACUCUCAAGGAGCAAGUGAUGGAGGCCCAGAGCAUGCUUAAGGAUGCUCAGGUCUCCGCGUCUCUGGCAGAAGAAUUUAAGGCAAAAAAUCAAGAGCUUAAAGCGAAAAUCACUGAUUUAGAGUCUAACCUUAGCGAGAUCCAAAGCGAAUACGACUGCCUAUCCAACCAACUGAUGGAAAGUGUGCAGGAGAACGACGCCCUGCGGGAGGAGCUCAAGCAGCGCCCCUCCAGCUUCGAAGUGGACUCCAUGAAGUCAUCCGGUGUGGGCACCGAGUGCAGUGAACCGGAGCACGAGCUCGACCUUGAAAGUGAUCUCCUGCAGCAGUUUGUCCAGCUGUCUGAAUCGAUUCACCAAAUCGAACUCCAGCACCAUUCCGGCUGCAGUCGCCUCUUCAGAGCCAUCAAUUUAGAUCGCGAUCUGGAGGAGCCUGGCUUAAAGCUUUGCCUUGAGUCUGCGGAUUGUAUAGAGAGCGACAGUCGCCAGCUGGAUGCAUCCGAUUCCAUCAGCCUCAAGGGUUCCUUCAAGCGCCACAGGUUCCAGAUCAGGCGAUUAACCCAGGAACAGGUGAUAUUGGAGGAGGAAAGGCGACUCCUCGAUAUCAUUUCACAACUGGAACAGGAAGUGGCUGAGAAGAGUGCCCUUAUGGAGGCCACAGAGGCAACCAUUAACGAGAUGCGCGAGCAGAUGAGCAGCCUGGAGUCUGCCCUGCUGGAGAAGAGUGUCAUAGUGAACAAGGUGGAGGAUUACCAGCGCCAGAUCGAGUCCCUUGAGAAGCAAAAUGCGGAGAUGACAAUGGUGUACGAGGAGCUGCAGGACAAAGUAAUCCGGGAGAGCUCGAUGAGCGAGAAUCUGCUUGUAAUACCGCCUGACGAUGAUACCCUGCCAGGCGUCCACCCCUCAACUCCCGGUAUGAAAGAUCAGGAACCGCAGGAAGUGGCCACUCUCAAGGCUUCCCUUGCUGAGCUGAGGACCAGGGUGUGUGCAAUGCAGGAGGAGAUCGACAGUCAGCUGCGUCAAAUGCAACUCAAAGACGAGAACAUCGCCAAACUAUAUACGGAAAUCGAGGAGAUGAGCGAGCGCUGCCUAUCAAUGGAAGUGAGGAUGGCGGAGUUGGAGGAGGAUGCCAAGCAAAAGCAGGAGCUACUGGAUUGCCAGGCGCAAAAGCUGUCCGAUGGUGUACGCCUCAUCGAUCAGUUGCAGGAGAAAAAUGCUCAACUUGUCCAGCAAACGACUAAAGUGGAGGCUCCCUCAGAAUACGUUAACCAAAUCGAAGAACUUCGAGAAUCGUUAAGGACAGCAAACGAAGAACUAAGGGACACGAAGAGGGUAAAAGAGGAUGAAAUCAAUGCCCUACAGCUGAAGUACAUGAUGAAGAUGGAGGCCAGCGAGAGCGAGAAUUGCGCCAAACUCCGCUUGUGCAGCCAGGAGUUGGAGGAGUGCAAGGAUCGCUAUGAGAGCAGUGUGGCCGCUUUAAAGGAUCAGCUAACGCAGGCCGGAGAGGAGCUCGCCAGUGUAACGGCUCGCUGUCAGACGGAGUUGGAAGGCAUUAGGGGCACUCUCCAGGAAAAGAUUAACCACGCAGAGGAAGAGAGAAACAAAUUGAAUGCCCAGCAUCAGGCGGAGCUUGAUGGGUUAAGAGAAGCCCUGGAGAAGAAGAUUGCCGAGGCGGAAGCACAACAACUCAGUAUUGAAACCACACUGAAGGAGCAGUUGAGUCAAGCGCAGGAGGAGCGCGAGAAGGCAACCUCAAAGCUUGAGGAAAUGAAAAUUACUCUUGAGGAGAUGAUAGGUCACAGAAACACAAUGAGAGAAACAAUUGCUGAACUGGAGAAAUCCAAAUCUGAUCACGAAUUGGCGCUGGAUAAAGUGAAAGCGGAGAGAAUGCAGUUUGAGAAUCUGUACGAAAAAAGCCAGGAACAAUUGCAAAUUCAGUUGAGCAAUAUGGAGCAGAAUAACUUGGAUACUCAGGCACACAGUGAGCAACUAGAAAAGAUCACUGAGCUGCAGGCACAGUGCGAGCAGCAAGUUCAAGACAUGGAGAAGUUAAGUCAGGAAAAGAUGACCCUGCAGUUGGAGAUUCAGGAGGCAAAUGAACAUCUGUCAAACAGCCUGAAGAAAUGCGAGGAACUUGAAUUGCAAAUGAAUGCUCUUAAAACGCAGAAUGUGAUGGAGAAAAGCGAUUUAGAGGCAAAGCUAGAGACUUUCACUGCCAAGAUGAGUGAUCUCGAAGAAGCACUGCAAAAGGCACAACUGAAGACUCUUGAGCAUGAUGAUCUGAUUUCCCAGCACGAACGACUCAAAAUCUGUCUUUCCGAGGCAAACGAAGUGUCGUGUAAUCUGGAGAAAAAGAUUGAGUGCCUGAAUUCCGAACUGCUUACUUCCCAGGAAGGAAUCUCUAAUCGAGACGAUGAAAUCAAACAGCUUCGCUUGGAAUUAAAGCACGCUUUGGAUGCCAAGGAUACUACGAGAUCGGAACAAUUAGAACUGGUAGCUCAGCUAAAAGCAGUCGAGGAUAAAAUGUCAACUCAGGCGGGCAAUUUCCAACGCGAGUUGACCGAUCUCAAGGGUUCAAUGGAUGAGCUGCAGCUGAAACUUAAAUCCCUGCAAGAAACGAAAGAUAAUCUUGAGGCUGGAAAUGAGGAGCUUAAACUAAAGCUAAGGAAUGCUCAGGAUCUGCAGAACGCUUUGGAAGAGGAGCAAAAACUGUGCACAUCACUGAGAGCAAAUAUUGCCAAUCUGGAACAAUCAAAGACUCGCCUCGAAGAGCAAAUGCGAGUCGAAGUCGAUCAAAGAUUCAUGGAGAUGAGUCGGAAUUUUGAGCUUAGCCAAAACACAAUCGGGGAACUAACAACAAAGUGCGAAAAUCUGCGUUCCCAACUGGAAACCGAAACCAAUAACUUCCAAAGGAAAAAAGAGAGCUUGGACUUGAUAAUAUCAGAUUUGGAAAAGGAAAAACAGGAACUGGAAGAAAAGCUAUCCAUUCUUAAAGAAAAAGAUGAAACCAUUGAUCGACUGAAGGCUCAGUUGACAUCGAAUGAGGCAACUCUUUCAUCUCUGCAAGAAGCCAUGGAAGCGGCCAAUAAUAAAAGCCUCGAAAUGGGACAAAAGGUUGAUGAACUUUCAAGAGAAUGCGAGAUGCUACGAUCCGAACUGCAAUCAAAAGAAGCGUGUUUCCAAAAGGAAAAGCAUAUGUCGGACGGAACCAUUUCAAGUUUAUUGGAAGACAAACGCGGCCUGGAAAAAAAGUUGUGCACGUUCAAUGACAUUUUGAGCAAACAUGAGGAAUUUACAAAGGAGUGCGAGAAUUUGAGAUCAACUCUGAAAUCCAAGGAUGCCAGUUUCCGUAUGGAGAAGGAACGCAUGGACGGUACCAUCUCCAGUCUGCUGGAAGACAAGCGUAAUUUGGAGGAAAAAUUGUGCACGGUCAACGACAUUGUGACCAAGCUUCAGGGUGAACUAACUGCUUUGCAAGCCAUCAAAGGGAAUGGAAGCAACGCGUCUUUCGAGUCAAAUGCCUCGAACGGAUCGCCAGUUAAUGCGCCUGCUAGAAAGAGUUUGGACCGAAAUCCUGGUGCCAGUGGCCCAAGGAAAUCGUUAACUUCGGAGACUGAAGUGCGGAGGAAUCGACGAAUCAGCGUUCACGAUGAGCGGAGGCAGUCGUACUGGAACGACUUUCGGGAAUGUGGCACCAUGACGGAUCCCGUAGACAAUAAUUGCAACUGCGCGGAGCUUAACGCUAGGCUACAGGAGUGCCAGCGGGACUUCUUCAUUUGCGAAAGCAAGGUGACGGCAUUGAACAUGGAGCUGAAGCACCAUCCGCUGAAGGACGAGAAUGCGCAAUUGAAGAGGAGGGUUCUGGAGGAGCAGGAGAAGGCACGCGCCGAGCAGAAACGAUUUAAGGCAAAGCUACACGAUCUUAACGCUCGGAUCAAUGAUCUCACUGAUGCUGCAGCAUCAUCUGCAAUGCCGAUUGCCGACCAGCAAGAGCAGGCUAAAAAUAGUGUGAGGCCUGAAAUGGUAACAAGGGACACACAGACGGAGUCCGAACUGGAGGCAAUCCUGGAGAAAACCAACACAAAGUAUCAGGAUGCUGUUCAGUUGCUGCGUUUCCGCUACAACCUAAUCAAAGAGCUGGAAGGGAAGGUCAGGCAAAACGAAAACAACGACACUUCGAACAUCACCUCACUUACAGCUGGUCAAAACAGUGCGCUCAAGGCGCAAUGUGAAGCACAGAAGAGGGAACUAGCUGUCAUCCGAAAUAAAUACGAGUCGGCGAAACGCGUAUUGGGAAUGCGGAAAGAUGAGAUGGAUAAAAUUCGAGCAAAACUUGCUCAAUAUGAAGCAGGUGAAUCAACUAAAUAGGUUUCCAAGCUGUCAUAUUUUUAGUGUACAGAUCUUUAAGGCGUUGGUUUUAAGUUCUCUAUAAUAUGUCAUUAGCAAGCCUUUUAAAAGUCAUAUUUUAAACUUUUAGUUAACCUUUUCAUGCGCAGGUAAAAACAUGUAUUUAAAGCACACAUAAUCUUAAUAAGUUUAGGUUGAACAUUUGCAUAAAUUGCCAAAUUUUUCAAUUGCCUUUUGGGUGUUUUCAACUUAAACGUGUCUUUGAUUUAUAGUAUAUAUAGUUUUUAGUUUAUAUAUUCCACGUGAACUCGUUCCGCAAAUUUUGAGAAAAACACAGAUUGUCUUCAUAACGCGGCUUUAUUGUAAUAUCAAUAAAUAUUUAUAUAACUUUCUAA